GCCUGGGAGGCCAAUCAGUCAACAAGUUGCCCCGGUCCUCAAUGUGCAUGGUGUCAUGCGGAGGCUACUGCAGCCGUGCUGGUGGAUCUUGUUCCUGAAAAUCUCAACCUCGGUCCUGCACUAUGUCUUGUGCUACCCUGCAUACACAGAGGGAAACGUGGGAGCCCUACAUGAAAACAGACAUGGAAGCUCUGUGCAGAUACGAAGGCGUAAAGCAGCUGGGGAACCAUAUUGGUCCUAUUCAGGUGUGUAUGGACCAGAACACUGGGUAAUGGCCAGCCCGGAUUGUGGAGGUCUCCACCAGUCCCCUAUAGAUAUUGUGGAUUACACAGCCAGCAUGAAGGAUGAGUACCGGGAGUUGUACCUUGAAGGAUUCGAGAACGAGUCUUCUAACAAGACCUGGAUGAAGAACACGGGGAAAACAGUUGCCAUUCUGCUAAAAGAUGAUUAUUUCAUCAGCGGUGCUGGGCUGCCGGGAAGGUUUAAGGCAGAGAAAGUAGAAUUCCACUGGGGUCAUAGUAAUGCAUCGGCAGGCUCUGAGCACAGCAUCAAUGGAAGAAGAUUCCCCGUUGAGAUGCAGAUCUUCUCCUACAAUCCCGAUGACUUUGACAGUUUUGGUGCAGCCAUUUUGGAUAAGAGACUGAUUGCAGCAAUGUCCGUCUUCUUUCAGGCCUCGCAAAGGAACAAUCCUGCUCUGGAUCCAAUUAUUCACGGAUUGAAGGGGGUCGUUCAUCAUGAGAAAGAGACCUUUCUGGACCCAUUUGUCUUGAGGGAUUUACUGCCUGCUUCAUUGGGGAGCUUUUACCGAUACACUGGCUCUUUGACCACACCUCCAUGUAGUGAAAUUGUGGAGUGGGUCGUCUUUAGCAGGCCUGUCCCAAUUUCUUAUCAUCAGCUGGAAGCUUUCUACUCCAUAUUUACCACCGAGCAGCAGGACCACGUCAAGUCUGUGGACUAUUUGAGGAACAACUUCAGGCCCAAGCAGCGCUUAAAUGACAGGGUGGUGUACAAGUCUGCGGUGAAAGACGCUUGGAAUCAGGACAUGAAUGACGACUUGGACAACCCAUUUGGCACGGAAGCAUCGAAAGUCUGCAGCACCCCACCUGUCAACAUGAAAGUGCAACCGGUAAAUAAGACGGCUUUAUUAGUGACCUGGAACCAGCCUGACAUUAUCUACCACCCUCCCAUCAUGAAUUACAUGGUGUCCUACAGCUGGGCCAAGAAUGAUGAGGAGAAGGAGAAGACAUAUACAAAGGACAGCGACAAAGAACUGAAAGCCAUCAUCAACCACGUGUCCCCUGACAUUCUCUACCUGUUCAGAGUGCAAGCAGUGUGUCGCAACGACAUGCGCAGUGACUUCAGCCAAACAAUGCUUUUCCAAGCAAAUACAACCCGUAUAUUUGAAGGAACCAGGAUAGUGAAAACAGGAGUGCCUACUGCUUCUCCUGCUUCUUCUGCUGACAUGGCUCCAAUCAGUUCGGGAUCAUCUACCUGGACUUCCUCAGGCAUCCCCUUUUCCUUUGUUUCUAUGGCUACCGGGAUGGGUCCCUCUUCAAGUGGGAGCCAAGCUACGGUGGCCUCUGUGGUGACAAGUACUUUGCUUGCGGGCCUUGGGUUUAGUGGUGGUGGUUUGCCUUCUUUUCCUAGCACUGUGUGGCCCACUCGCCUCCCUACUUCCUCCUCUGCCAGCAAACAAGCUGCCAAGCCUGUUGUCUCUACCACUGAACCUUUGCCGUCUACAGGACCCGAUAGUGACGCCUCUCCCACGAAAACCAGCGAGGGGACGGAGGAAGGGGAGAAAGACGAGAAAGGAGAGGGGGAGGAGGGCGAGCGUGAGCAGGAGGAAGAGGGUGAAAAGGACAGUGAAAAAAAGGAGAAAAGUAUAGCCACACACUCUUCGGAGGCACAAAACCAAACUGAGUCCACCCCAUCUACCGCCAGUGCUGAUGAUUUGCAGGGUGCUGGCCCAAAUGAAACUUUGACUGACCCAGAGAAUAAACAAAAUACUUCUUUAAUAGAUGGCAGGGACUCAGACAUACCUGCCGGGACUCAGGAGGUCCCUUUACAAACCACAGUGCCGUCCACAAAAGGUUACAAUCUGGAUCAAACUUCAAAUGUUUCUGCGAAAGAUGACAAAGACUCGGACAACAGACUCAUCACUGUUUACCCAGAUGAGCAUAACUCGAGCAUGGCGAUUCGACCUUCUUCCAAUAAGAUGGAGUGGAUUGUUCCUCUAAUGGUUGUCUCUGCCUUGACCUUCUUCUGUCUGGUCCUGCUGAUCGCGGUGUUAGUCUACUGGAGGAAGUGUUUUCAGACGGCUCAUUUUUAUGUGGAUGAUAGCAGCUCGCCGAGAGUCGUCCCCAAUGAGAACAUACCCAUCAUUCCUAUUCCAGAUGACAUGGAGGCUAUUUCUAUCAAACAGUUUGUUAAACAUAUCAACGAACUCUAUUCCAACAAUCAGCAUGGAUUUUCUGAAGAUUUUGAGGAAGUCCAGCGGUGUACAUCUGACAUGAACAUCACAGCAGAACACUCCAACCAUCCCGACAACAAACACAAAAACAGAUACAUCAACAUUGUAGCAUAUGAUCACAGCAGAGUGAAGUUGAGGCCUAUUCCUGGCAAAGAUUCAAAGCACAGCGAAUACAUUAAUGCCAAUUAUGUUGAUGGCUACAACAAAGCAAAGGCCUACAUCGCUGCCCAGGGACCUUUAAAGUCGACUUUUGAAGACUUCUGGAGAAUGAUUUGGGAGCAAAACACUGGAAUCAUUGUUAUGAUAACCAAUCUAGUAGAAAAAGGAAGAAGGAAAUGUGACCAGUACUGGCCAACAGAGAAUAGUGAAGAGUAUGGAAACAUAAUGGUGACCCUGAAAAGCACAAGGGUGUACGCCUGCUACACAGUGCGCACGUUCACUAUCCGGAAUGUAAAGAUGAAGAAGGGUCAGAAAGGAAACCCAAAGAGUCGUCACAAUGAGAGAACAGUCAUUCAGUAUCAUUAUACGCAGUGGCCAGAUAUGGGUGUCCCAGAAUAUGCACUGCCAGUCCUGACCUUUGUCCGGAGAUCAUCAGCCGCUCAACAAGCAGACAUGGGGCCAGUGCUUGUACACUGCAGUGCUGGAGUUGGCAGGACGGGAACGUACAUUGUGAUUGACAGCAUGCUGCAGCAGAUAAAAGACAAGAGCACAGUCAAUGUCUUGGGCUUUCUGAAACACAUCAGAACACAGCGGAACUACCUCGUCCAGACGGAGGAACAAUACAUCUUUAUUCACGACACCCUAUUAGAGGCCAUUUUGGGCAAGGAGACGGAAGUGUGCUCGAACCAGCUGCACAGCUAUGUGAACACCAUCCUGACACCUACAGCAGGAGGGAAGACGAGGCUGGAGAAGCAAUUCCGGCUGGUUACACAAUGUAAUGCGAAAUACAUUGAAUGCUUCAGCGCCCAGAAAGAUUGUAACAAAGAAAAGAACAGAAAUUCAUCAGUUGUGCCAUCUGAGCGUGCAAGAGUGGGUCUAGCUCCACUGCCUGGAAUGAAGGGAACAGAUUACAUUAAUGCCUCUUAUAUCAUGGGUUACCUAAGAAGUAAUGAGUUUAUCAUCACCCAGCACCCCAUGCCACAUACGACUAAAGACUUCUGGCGCAUGAUCUGGGAUCACAAUGCACAAAUUAUUGUCAUGUUACCGGACAGUCAAAGCUUGGCUGAGGAUGAGUUUGUCUACUGGCCAAGUCGUGAAGAAUCUAUGAACUGUGAGGCCUUUACUGUGACUCUUAUCAGCAUGGACAGGUUGUGCCUCUCAAAUGAGGAGCAAAUCAUCAUUCAUGACUUUAUACUCGAAGCAACACAGGACGAUUAUGUUUUGGAAGUGCGUCAUUUCCAGUGUCCAAAAUGGCCAAACCCAGAUGCCCCCAUAAGCAGCUCAUUUGAACUUAUUAAUGUCAUUAAAGAAGAAGCCCUAUCAAGAGAUGGACCUACCAUUGUGCACGAUGAAUUUGGUGCUGUUUCGUCCGGGACACUCUGUGCUCUUGCCACUUUGUCUCAGCAGUUAGAAAAUGAAAAUGCAGUGGAUGUUUACCAGGUGGCCAAGAUGAUAAAUCUAAUGAGACCCGGCGUAUUCACAGACAUUGAGCAGUACCAGUUCCUCUAUAAGGCGAUGCUAAGUCUGGUCAGUACAAAGGAAAAUGGCAGCGGCCCCAUGGCAUUAGACAGAAAUGGAGCCGUUCUGGUCAGCGACGAAUCGGACCCCUCACAGAGCAUGGAGUCUCUCGUUUAGUGAACAGCUUCUCGAAGGAAAAAGGCACUACGUUUGUAAAACUUCUGACCUUCUAGAGACAGAGUGGACUUUUUUCGAGGCCUUUUAUUUGCCAGACUAUAUAGGUUAUACAAUAACCCAAUUACUUUUUUACACUGAUAAAAUUUUGAUAUUUAUUUUUUGCCAUUUUAUGUCUUAAUGGUAUCCUACUGAGCAUUUGCACCUCUGUUCAUUUCACUUGGUGAAACGCAAUUUUCUCUAGUUUUGCACUAUAUGAUCAGUGUUACUGCCUAUAACCGCUGUAGGACACGGCAAAAGCCCAACAAGAACAUUCCCUAGAUCCAACUCAUGCUCCUUUUUUUUUUUUUUUUAUUCCAUUUUUAAGUUCUUCUUAAAACGUGCCUGUCGACCACACACAACAGGAGCCACUUUGUGUGCUGAAGCGAUAUUCAGCUUAUCAGUUGACUAGGAACUUGUGACUUUUGCCCCUGCUGUUUCAUGGGCAGGGCUCGACAAAGCCAGGUGUCAGGCAGGUCAGGAAGGUAUUGCUUCACUUCCUGACUGGCAAAGGUUUUAUUUUUUUUAUUAUGGGACCUCUGCCCGGCACCCAGGCAAACUGCGCCAUCAGUGCAAUGCUGCAAAU